AUGUCCCUCAGCAGAGCUCCGGCCCGGGACACCUAUGAGAGCCCAAGCCCGCGAGAGCGCAUCCGCAGCCACAUGAAGAUGGUGAUCCAACAGCUGGACGGCAUUCUCAAAGAGCUCAAGGAUGUGGCCAAGGAACUCCGGGAGGUGGUGGGUCAGAUUGACAAGCUCACGUCAGACUUUGACUUUGACCAGGAUCCCGAUGACUGGACGGUGGCCACGGCCAGCAGUACGUCCAGCAGCGAGCGGGGGCUGGGCGAGGCCUUCCGGCCAGACCCCCUCAACCCAGACGUGCUGUCGGACAGCUGGGAGUUCUGCAGCUACCUGGAGGCCACGGCCGCCGCCGCUGCCACGCUCAGGUCGGGAGACCCCGCCCAGACCCAGACGCCCGGCAGCCCGCCACCGCCGCCCCCCGCCACCACUGCCUCGGCCUACUCGCAGAUGAACGGGGGUCUGCCCAUCCCCAACGGCCCCCGCAUCAUCACGCCGGACUCAUCGAGCGAGGAGGCCAGUAGCUCCACCCACAGCCACAAGCCGCGAGAACGGGUGCGCUUCAGCGACAAGAUCCUGUACCACGCGCUGUGCUGUGAUGACGACGAGGACGACGAGGAGCAGGCGGAGGCGGCCGACGACGAAGAGGACAAGAGCGGCCGGGCGACGCCGGACAGCGACGUUGAGACGAGUCCCCUGGCCAGCUCGUGCGCCACCCCGAGGCGGUCUUACUCUGAGCAUUCGCUCCACUAUCCUCACUUUCUGGACCCUUCGUACGUCCCGUCCCCGGCCAAGGCGUCGACCGGAGCUCACACACUACCCAGGAAGGGUCUUUUGAAUCCGGGCUGCCGUAAAAAACUGCUACGAAACAGCAGCACACAGACAGUGUCGGACAAGAGCACCCAAACUGUACUGCCCUAUAUUCCAACCAAACAGAAAACCAAGGACCACUGA